UAGUUUUACGCACAUUAUUUAUUAGUUGUAGUGAGAACAGAAGCAAAAUAGUGUUUUUGUUCAUACAUAUUAAUUAUUUAUACUAUUCGAGCAAAAUACAAACAAUCAACAACUGAAGUACAUACACGCACCACCAUCGCUAAUUAAUGUAGUGGGAACGAAAGCAAAAUAGUGUUUUUGUUCAUACAUAUUAAUUAUUUAUACUAUUCGAGCAAAAUACAAACAAUCAACAACUGUAGUACAUACACGCACCACCAUCGCUAAUUAAAAUUCUCCACAAUGGCCACAAGAACUUUUUUGAGACAAUUGAAUAGAAUGACUUGCCUUAAAGCAGUCAGAACUGGCACAAGUUCCAUACCACUAAAAUUGUCUAGACAAAACUUAUCAUUCCUAACAACGGCCAGCAAAUCCUUAAACAGUGUCAAUUUUGCCAAACAACAAUACUCGACUAUGGGCGAAAAUAAUAUACCCAUUGUUACUUAUGAAGAAAUUAAAAAAUUAACAAAUCAAUCUGCAGAACUUUUAAUUGAUGUUAGAGAACCUAAAGAAUUACAAGAAACUGGUAAAAUACCUAACAGCAUUAAUAUUCCCCUGGGACAGGUGGGCCAAGAAUUGGCUGAUAGUGUAGAUAAAGCUGCUUUUAAGGCAAAAUAUGGUCGUGAUAAGCCGGAAAAAAAUUCGGAAAUUAUUUUCCAUUGCAGAUCGGGUAAGAGAUCACAGAGUGCUGCUGAAUUAGCUAGAACUCUUGGCUAUGAAAAUACCAAAAACUAUGUGGGUUCUUGGUUGGAAUAUGCUGAAAAGGAAGGUUUACCUAAGUAAAUGUUUUAGUAUUUAAUUGAAAAUUUCAACUGCCGUGUUUUGAUAUUAAUAAAUUUUGAUAUUAACAAAAGUUUGCUUAAAACUGAAAACAAUUUUAAUGUUGUUAAUACUGUUUGUCUCGGUGAAUAUAUAAUUAGAAACUAAACAUGAUGUCAUGAGCUUUUUAUUGAUUUUCUGAAA